AUGGCUGCCUGUGCUCACCUCUACCUCCUCCUGUUAGCCGCCACCCCGGCCCGGAUCCCCGCGGGACCCGCGCGCUGUGACAGCCGGGCUUUGAGCCGGCGCGGCGGCCAGGACGGCUCGUUUGACACGGACGGCGGUGGACAGGGAAGAGGCUCCCUCCCGCCGGGCUCGCACGCGGAUGAUGAUGGAUCUGUCGGUCCGGGUAGACCCCCCCGCUUCAGGAGAGCCACGUCCUGGGAUAAACAGAUGUCCCUGCUCAGCAGCUCGUUCGUGCUCAAAGGGGAUGCGACCCACAACCAGGCGAUGGUGCACUGGACAGGAGAAAACAGCAGCGUCAUCCUGAUCUUGACCAAGUACUACCACGCUGACUCCACCAAGGUGUUGGAGAGCUCCCUGUGGAGGUCCACUGACUACGGUACAACAUACACCAAGAUCAACUUGGUACCAGGAACAACCAUUGUGGUGACAAGUUUCUUCAUCUGUCCAACCAACAAGAAAAAGGUGGUUAUGAUGGGUUCAUCCAUAGACGAACAAGAUCAGAUGUUGUUUAUCAGCACAGAUGAGGGAUCCUCCUUCCAGCGGCAGUCUAUUUACUUCACUCCAGAGACGCUCAUCUUCCACCCAAAGGAAGAAGACAAGCUGCUGGCCUACUGCAAGGAUGGAAGGCUUUAUGCUUCAGCAGAUCUGGGCCACAAGUGGACUUUACUUCAAGAGAGGGUGACCAAGGACAGAGUCUUCUGGUCUGUAUCUGGUGUGGAUGUGGACCCUGAUCUGGUGCACAUGGAAAUGCAAGAUACAAGUGGAGGUUACCUGUAUGUUACCUGUCUCAUCCAGAACUGCUCGAAUAAAAUGGUGACUGCUCAGUUUCUUGGGAAAAUUGAUCACAACUUUCUGGUGGUCCAAGAUGACUACAUAUUUGUGAAGGUCACCACAGGAAAUCGCACAAAACAUUAUGUGUCCUAUCGGCGCAAUGAGUUUGUCCUGAUGAGGUUUCCCAAGUAUGCCUUGCCCAAGGAUGUUCAGAUAGUGAGUACAGAUGGGAAACAAGUUUUCCUCGCCCUCCAAGAGUGGUACCAGUCCGACACGUAUAAUCUGUACCAAUCAGACCUUCAAGGUGUUUACUACUCCAUGAUCCUGGAAAAUGUGCGCAGCACCAAGCAGCCAGAGGCGAAUGUCCUCAUUGACAUCCUGGAGGUACGUGGAGUCAAAGGAGUUUUCUUGGCCAACCAGAAGAUCGAUGGUAAAGUGACAACUCUUAUCACUUAUAACAAAGGGCGUGACUGGGAACCUUUGACUCCUCCUGCCACUGACAUGAAUGGUAAACCAGUCAGCUGUAAAGUGCCGGAUUGCCACCUCCACCUUCAUCUGCGCUGGGCAGAUAACCCCUAUGUAUCUGGUACUGUCCACACUAAAGAAUCAGCUCCAGGUCUCAUCAUGGGUGCUGGUAACCUGGGCUCCAAGCUGGUGGAGUAUAAAGAAGAAAUGUACAUCACUUCAGACUGUGGGAAGACAUGGAGACAGGUUUUUGAAGAGGAGCAUCAUAUUCUGUAUCUAGACCAUGGUGGAGUCAUUGUUGCCAUCAAGGACACAUCUAUUCCCCUCAAGAUACUGAAGUUUAGUACUGAUGAAGGACAUACUUGGAAUGUUCACAACUUCACCAGCACCUCUGUGUUUGUUGAUGGACUCCUGAGCGAACCAGGAGACGAGACCCUAGUUAUGACAGUAUUUGGCCACAUCAGCUACAGAUCAGACUGGGAGCUGGUCAAGGUGGACUUCAGGCAGUCUUUCCCUCGUCAGUGCACGGAGUCUGAUUACGAGUCAUGGCAGCUUGUAGAUCUGAAGGGAGAAAAGUGCAUUAUGGGCCAGGAGCGCACUUUCAGGAAGAGAAAGGAGACUUCGUUUUGCAUUAAAGGGAAAAGCUACACGUCAGCUCUCACCAGCAAGCCCUGCCAGUGCUCAGAAAGAGACUUUAACUGUGACUAUGGCUUUGAACGGUCUUACACAGUAGGCGAUCGCUGUUUCCCUGACUUUUGGUUUGAUCCAGAUUCACCACCAGACGACUGCCAUCUUGGACAAAACUAUAAGUCCAGCACUGGCUAUAGGAAGGUGAUUUCUGAUAUAUGUGAAGGAGGAGUUAACAAGCAGCAAAGUGCCAAACAGCACAGCUGCCCCCUGUUGGCUCCUAAAGGUCUACAAGUUGGCAUCAAAGGACAGAUGCUGGCUGUGGCUCCUGGUGAUGACAUCACAUUCAUUGUUCAUCAGGAGCAGGGAGACACAAGCAGCACAAAGUACCAGGUGGACCUGGGUGAUGGCGUCCGAGCCAUUUAUCAGAACUUGACGGUGACGGAUGAGCCCAUUCAGCACCGCUAUGAACACACGGGCGUUUACAAGGUUACAGUGAAGGCUGAAAACGUAGCAGGCCACGAUGAGACCACCAUGUACAUCCAAGUCACAGCCCCUUUACAGGCCGUGUACCUGGAAGCAGUUCCCAUCGCAAAGAAAAAUGAUGAAGUCAAUUUGACGGCUGUAGUUCUCCCCGCUGAGGCCAACCUGACCGUCUUUUAUUGGUGGAUAGGAGGAAAUCUUCAGCCCAUGCUGACCCUGCAGAAUAGCAUUUUGACUCGUUUCUCCCAGACUGGAGAAAUCUUGGUCACCAUCCAGGUUUCCAACGGUCGAUCGAUGGUUCAGGACUCAAAGAUUGUCCAAGUCUACGAUAAUUUUCAGAUCCUUCCUCUGGGCUUCAGUAGAACCUUGGACAACUAUAACCCAAACGUCACAGAGUGGAGAAAUGACGUUGGCCAGGUGGUUACCAAAAUUCUGGCAAAGGUCACAGGAGUUCCUCAGGAGUCCAUAGUGACUGUGGUUAAACCAGGUCUCCCCACGACCGCCGACCUGUACGUUCUACCACUGGACAACAAACCAAGCAAGAGAAGUAAAUUUGUAGAUAAGCGUAUUCCAACCAUCGUGCAGGCGUUUAAUGACAACAACGUCAGCUUCAUGGUCCGAGGAGGUCAACAAAUACUUGUGAUGUUAGCCGAUCCCAAUGCAGGCUACCAUGGAGCAGUUGGAGGUCCAGGUAUUUGGGCUCUAGCUGUAAUUUUCCUAAUCGGCGUCAUCACCACUGGCUCAUUAAUCCUAUACAAGUUUAAAAGUCCUUGGCUUAGGACUGAGGAUGCCUAUCCCCCAUUGUUUUUCAGGAAGCUUCCAGGAAACCGCAACAUCUAUGCCCAGAUGCACAACGAGAAGGAGCAGGAGAUGACCAGCCCUGUCAAUCACAGCGAGGACACGCAGCACAUCAUCCAAGGAGAGGAGUUUAUCGACGAUGACUUGGACUCACAGAUUCUAGGCAACCAUUCAGGUGUGGUUUUGAGCAUCACCUCCAGAGAAUUACACAGUUACCUAACCAGCUGAUAGCUGACAUGGCAACACUGAAGAGUCUAGCCAAGCUGCGCCAGCCGACAAGCACAGGAACUCUGCCAUUCUACUGUUUUGUCCGUCCCUCACCCCAUACUGCCCCAUACUCUGGAAACCACCUGGAACCUGUUGUAGUUUACAUCGUUUUAAG